AUCUUCUCCAACAAAGAUUUAUCAACUUCUUUAUUCAUAUUCUCAUGCCAAUGUUUCAAAUUACGUUGCUGAAAGCUCAUGAUAGAAUUAUAAUCAUAUUGCUAGUAAUUGUAGUUGUCAAAUUUUGAUUUAUAGUUAUAUAUUUGAAUCGAUUCACCGUUAGGAUCUGUUAAAUUAGCUAUUAGUGUAGUUGUUUUUGUUUAAGUUAGCUUUUAAUUUGUAGAAAUACAUACAAUUUUGUUAAUAGGAUCUGUUUUUUUCGGUUAUCUUCAAUUAUAGCAAAGGUUAGGAUCUGAUUCUUUUUAGGGCCUGUUUGGAUUGGCAUUUUUUUUAGCUUAUGCAAAUAAUCAACUUGUCAAGGUAGUUUAUGAAAAAACAGUUAGGAAGAAACGAUUUUUGUUAGUGAGAGUUUAUGAGUUAACGUAAAAGCUUAUUUAUUUGCAUAAACUAUUCUUUAUAAGCUAAAAAAUAAGCCAGUCACAAAGUAAACAAGGGGGCCUAAGUUUCUUGUUGAUUUGUGUUUAAAUCUGUUGCUUUUAAUGGUUUGUGUGUGGAGUGUGAGGAGGGAUUCUUCUUGCAUUGCAGUGAGCUACCAAGGGUGAGGCAAGUCAUGUUUUACAUUAGAUGACUCAAUUUGAGUUAGUAAAGCUUUAGCUUUAAGAUUUUAGAUUUUGGAUUUAGUAAACAUAGGAUUUUUGUUUGAAAUUAGAGGACGAGGAUAGAAUCAUCCUCUGUUGUCAAACGCGGCUGCUCCCGGCGCGGAGCGGCCAAAAUCAAAGGGGCGCGUCACAACGCUAUCGAUUCACGCGUUUGUGGAUAGCGGGUAUCGCGGACGAGUUUCUGCGACGCGGAGCGGAUCAAUUGCGGGUCAAAUCGCCCGCUUUCCUGGGUCGUAGAGAAAAUACGAAACUGCCCCUCACUUAAGAACCGUUUGGAGGGUCAUUUUCGUCAUUUUUCAAACCCUGUUUUUCUACUCCAAUUCAAUCGUACAGAAAGAGAAACGGCCGCUCUUCUCUGUUCUCCAAUUCCAUUCAUCCAUCGUACACAGAGAAGAGAACAACAACACAGCUCCAUCAUCCAAGUCAACAACAACAAAACAGUUGCUCCUGCUCUGAUCUUCAUCAGUCGCAGCCGCCUUUAGCUCGCAUUUCACUCCCAUCGUCAGACGUCGAACUCGCAAUCGAUAACUCUGACAGGGUUUGUAGGUAAAGAUGAGUGUUGUUCAGAAGUUUUUCAUUGCAUCACUGUUCAUGUGGGCAAUCCCUAUUGCAAUAUUAUAUGCUUUCAACCAUGAUCUGCUUCCUGGAACAUCCAAUUUGUCCCCUUACUCUAUGACACUAGUAAGCGGAUUUCUAGCUGUCAUAUCUGUGAACAUGGUCAUUGCAUUUUACAUAUAUUUGGCAAUGAGAGAACCAGCUGAUAAACACGAGCCUGAUCCCAAAUUUCUUGCCGAGGCCAAAGCUAGUAUAAAGCAGUCUACAACUGAUGAUCAACAAUCUUCCCAGUCUCUCAAGAAACAGCAGUAGGUUGGUGUUCUUAGGUUUCUUUAUGGUAUCAUGAGUUGUUCAUCUUGGCAAGAAGAAGGAAGAAUGGGGAUGAAGGGAGAAGGUCCUGAAUUGUGUGCUGAUCAUACUUCUGUUAUGAAGUUUGCACAUGAUCCAUCUUGUGCACAAUUUAUGUUAGUUUUGUAUCAUUUUAUUUAUAUAUAUUCAAUUUACUUUCAGGUCAGAAUCUUUUUCAUAAGUUUUUUUUUUUUUGGAUCCGACUAAAGAAGUAAGAACAAUAGGUAUGGUUUGUGUUAUCAAUGAGGUUCGCAUAAAAAUUACUAACCUACUAGUGUUCACAAGAGUUGCUUUAAAAAUUACCCAAAAAAGCACUUCUAUGCA